CUGAACUGGCGCAUGCGCACUACCCAGGUCCGAGAGGCCGAUACAAGAUGGCGGAGUCGGUGGGGAGGGAGAGGCGGAGGCGGGUCCGGAUCGAAUAGAGCAAAGCCUAUACAGGACUCCUAGAAAAUCUCUCCAAGACAGGACAAAUGAGGAGCUAUGACGAGUGAAAACCAUAGUACCAUAAAGGGAGACUCGGGCAUGAUCAUGUCCCCAACUGGGUCCUCAGCCCAAGCACCACCUCUCACGCCCUCCACCAGCAAAGCCAUCCAGGACCUGCCAGAUGAGUUGGUUCAGGCUGGAUGGGCAAAAUGCUGGAGCAAAAGGGAGAAUCGGCCGUACUAUUUUAACCGUUUUACCAACCAGUCGUUGUGGGAGAUGCCGGUCCUGGGGCAGCAUGAUGUCAUUUCUGAUCCACUUGGCCUCAACGCAGCUCCUGCCUCAGGUGACGGCACAGGAGGAGACGCUGGACUGGGCAACGGGCAACGGAAGAGACGCCCCUCAGAGGAUACCUCCUCAGGAGGUCCUAACAGCUUCAAGAGGCCAAAGGUUGAGAUUCCUGUAACUCCAACCACCCCUUCAGUCCCGAUAUCACCAAGCACCCCUGGCGCAAAGCCCUGGAAUUCCACCUUAGACGAAAAACAAGCCCAGCCUAGUACCCCUGCUCCUGCUCCAGCCCCAUACCGGCCCUCUGUAAUCUACUGGGAUCUGGACAUACAGACCAACGCGGUAAUUAAAGAGCGGGCUCCAUUCAACUACCUCCCUCCUCACCCGGAGAUUGAGCUACAGCGUGCCCAGCUCACCACCAAACUCCGCCAGCACUACCAUGAACUGUGUUACCAACGUGAAGGGAUUGAGCCGCCACGGGAGUCAUUCAACCGCUGGCUGUUGGAGAGGAAGGUGAUGGAUAAAGGAGUGGAUCCUCUGCUGCCCAGCGAGUGUGAGCCUGUCAUCUCACCCUCCAUGUUCAGAGAGGUCAUGAACGACAUCCCCAUCAGGCUCUCACGCAUUAAAUACAAGGAAGAGGCCAGAAAGCUGUUAUUCAAGUAUGCAGAGGCAGCCAAGAAAAUGAUAGAUUCCAGAAAUGCCACACCGGACAGUAGGAAAGUUGUAAAGUGGAACGUUGAAGAUACAAUGAACUGGCUCAGGAGAGACCACUCUGCCAGUAAAGAAGACUACAUGGAUCGUCUGGAGCACUUGCGGAAGCAGUGUGGCCCACAUGUGACGGCCGUAGCCAAGGACUCGGUGGAGGGGAUUUGCACUAAAAUCUACCACAUCUCAGCCGAGUACGUGCGCAGAAUCCGACAGACUCACCUCAACCUGCUAAAAGAGUGUAACAUCACAGUGGACGGGGCAGAGACCGCAGAAGUGCAGGACCGUCUGGUUUAUUGCUAUCCGGUCCGACUGUCCAUUCCUUCGCCGCCGCAGCCCCGUGUCGAGCUCCACUUUGAGAACGAUAUCGCCUGUCUGCGCUACAAAGGAGAAAUGGUGAAGGUCAACCGUGGCCACUUUAACAAACUGGAGCUGCUCUACCGGUACAGCUGUAUCGAUGAUCAAAGGUUUGAGAAGUUUCUGUCACGUGUGUGGUGCCUUGUAAAGAGAUACCAGGUGCUGUUUGGAUCUGGUGUGAAUGAAGGCAGUGGUCUACAGGGGGCUCUUCCUGUGCAAGUGUUUGAGGCUCUCAACAAACACUUUGGAGUCACUUUCGAGUGCUUCGCUUCACCACUCAACUGCUACUUCAAGCAGUUCUGCUCGGCCUUUCCUGACAUCGACGGCUUCUUCGGCUCUCGAGGGCCAUUUCUAAGCUUUUCACCUGUCAGUGGAUCAUUUGAAGCUAAUCCUCCAUUCUGCGAGGAGUUCAUGGAUGCCAUGGUCACACACUUUGAAGAGCUUCUAGAAAAGUCCAGUGAGCCUCUGUCUUUCAUUAUCUUUGUUCCUGAAUGGCGCGAUCCCCCGACCCCGGCACUGACACGGAUGGAGACAAGUCGCUUCCGCAGGCACCAAAUGUCCGUGUCAGCUUUUGAGCACGAAUAUCGCAGUGGCUCUCAGCAUAUCUGCAAAAGAGAGGAGAUGUACUACAAAGCCAUACAUGGAACAGCAGUCAUCUUCCUUCAGAACAACGCCGGAUUUGCUAAAUGGGAGCCAACCAGCGAGAGGAUUCAGGAGCUGCUGUCUGCAUAUAAGGUCUCGGGACGUGCUCUGUCCUCUCCUGGACCUUCCUCUUCUUCCUCCAGUAGUGGAGACAGAGACUCCAAACCGAGCUACGAGCGUUCAGCGAACCUCGAAGCCCCCGGAGGCCAUGAAAGUAGCAGCCCUGCACCAGAAACAGCAAACAUUUAAGUGUGUGUGCGUGUUUGUGUGUUUGUGUGUUUGUGUGUGUGUGUGUGUGUGUGUGUGUGUGUGUGUGUGUGUGUGUGUGUGUGUGUGUGUGUAAAGUGACUGGCUGCAUGUUAAGUCAGUUCAUGAGAGAAAAUGAGAAGAGAGCUACAGAGAUAAAGUUCAUUUACUAUUCUCAGUUUCUAAUAUUUAAAAAAUAUAUAUAUUAUGGGUUUUAUUAUUAAUGUUGUCAUAGUUGUUAAGGGUUUUUUUUUUUGUUUGUUUUUUUUACUGAUGAUGUGAUUAUUUGGUCACUAAUUACGUUUUGUUCUUGUUGUCACUUGAGAUGUGGUAAUUCUACUCGAGACUUGUUUUAUUUUGGCCUUUUUAAACUUUGUGCUUUGUUCCUGGGUCAGUUGUCUUUCUGUCAGGUUGAGAAGUGGGGAAAAAUGGAUGAUAGUGUAUCUGUUGUGCGUUCCUUUUUUUUUUUUUCUUUUUUUUUUCUUUCUUCCUUUUUUAAAAAAAAUUAUUUGCCAACGGAAGUGAGACGAAUCCAUUAGCAGUUUGCUAUGUUUCAUAAGCCCCCUAACAUGUGUAUAUCUUGUGCAUAAAGAUUCAUUGUGCCAGUUUAUUUAGUGCUGGAGAGACUCUGAAGUUACUCGAGCUGGCCUUUUUGGUCCCUCUUCUGGAACAAAGCACUGAUGUGGACAAAAAAAACUCACCUUCGAGUUUGUUCAAAAGCGUUCCUUUUAGGGUGGGGUUCAGGAUGCAAAUAAGUAAAACAGACCUUGUCAAAUACUUAGUAAUUGGUUUCAGCGUGUUAUAGAUUCAGUCUUCGUUUACUUGUAAAUUUUAAAUUGUGCACAGAUAACAAAGAUGCUUUCAGAAGGAUUUGGUAGCAUGGACUGUGCUGAACACGAAGUUUCUGAGUGGAUAAUAUGACUUCCACCCUUAAUUAUUCACUCUCUUUGCUUGAUGUAUGUCUCAGUAAUGAUUUCCAGAGAAAGCAAUAGGUGAACCUAAAGAGCUUACACGUGACGUGUAUACGUGACCUUGCAUUUCGGCAAUACUAACUGUCCGUCCAUCCAUCUUAUAGAAUCCAUCCUACUGUCUUAAUUUGAGCCUUUGACAUAAUAUUACUAAAUGCCUUGGUCUAUUUUUUCUUUAUGAAAAAAAAAGUUUGUAAUUCUGUGAUUACUCCAGAACGAGAUUGAACCUGAUCACUGGGCAGCAUAAUGAAUGUAAAAUUAACAAAAAGGAAAAAUAAAAAAGGGUCAAAUAGUUGAUCCUAUGUUUUCUCUGUAGUUCUGGGGUUAGAACAAGGAUCAGGUUAAAUCUUCUCUACUACCAACAUUCUUGUUCAAUUUGUCAAACUUUAUGUUGGAAUUAAGCUUUCUUGCUAUUAGAAUCGUGAUCGAAUCGAUAAACAUCCUUAGAUCUGGUCUAUCAUGUCUUUGUUGUAUUUCUCUCGCUUCUCUGUGUAUAUACCCUUCAUCUUUUUAAAGUAAUGAAUCGUAAUCUAUUCAAGCAUUACGCUUGAGGGACGGCUCAUGCACUCGCCAUUAUAGCAGUACACAGUUUUGGCAGCUUGCUGAUCAUUACUAACAUUCGACUCCCCCGAAGGUAGUACCUCACCUUUUAUGAAGUCUUUAUCUGGCUUUCUCAUUCCUGGAGUGUUUCCCAUCACCAGCAAAACUGUAGAUAUUGUACAGAAAAGCAUUAUGAAGUAUGGUUUUUGUUUGUUUUUCUGCCACAGUUGUAGAGUGAGCUCUUUUGAGAAAAAAAAAAGAAAAGAAAAAAGUAUUCUACUCCUACUUCUGUCUUUCUCCCCAUGCUUUUUAUUUCUUUUAAUUAAGCAAAUUUGUUUAUGAAUUAUACAAUUUAUGAAAUAGAAGUCAUUUUAAACUAAACCAAAGUGAUUACUGAGAAAGAGGAGAAAUCUAUCUUGUAUGUAAUAGUAGAACUGUAUAUGAACAGUACUGCAUAGUGUAACCAGCAAAAAUGAUUUGUUAUUUUUAUAUUUCAAUGUUGUAUGUGUUCUGGUUAGGUUCUUUUGCUUGAUCCCAUUUGUCACAAUCACAAAAGAGAUCAUUAAAUGUAUAGUGCUUA